AUGGGCCGCGGCAGAGAUCGUAGUCGUGAUAGACGUCGGAGCCGAAGCCGUAGUAGAAGCCGCAGUAGAAGCCCGCGUUAUGGCUUGGGUUCAGGAGGCGGAGGAGGUUACGGGGGUGGUGGGCGUAGAAGCAAUCCCGGUGCAAAUUUACGUAAACCGAAAUGGGAUUUAAGCAGAUUGAAACCUUUUAAGAAAGAUUUUUACAUCCCUCACCCCGAUGUUGAAAAUAGAACCGACUCGGAAGUGGAAGCUUGGAGGAGUGAAAAUGAUAUCACCCUCAAAGGACGGAACAUUCCAAAGCCGACAUUGACGUUCGAUGAAGCUGGGUUUCCUGAUUAUGUUAUGGAUGAAAUUGAAAAAAUGGGAUUUUCUAAGCCAACUCCAAUUCAGGCUCAAGGUUGGCCUAUAGCGCUCAGUGGACACGAUAUGGUCGGAAUUGCAUCAACAGGUUCAGGAAAGACCCUGUCGUAUAUUUUACCUGCAAUUGUACACAUAAAUCAUCAACCAAAGUCUAGUAGGGGAGAUGGUCCCAUUGCUCUUGUACUCGCACCCACUAGAGAGUUAGCACAACAGAUACAAGAAGUUUGUGACAAAUUUGCUAAUACAUCAAAGAUACAUAAUACCUGUCUAUUUGGUGGAGCACCAAAAGGGCCACAAGCUAGAGAUUUGGAUGCAGGUGUGGAAAUUGUUAUUGCUACACCUGGUCGACUCUUAGACUUCCUAGAAAGUACCAGAACAAAUUUAAAAAGGUGUACUUAUUUGGUAUUAGACGAAGCUGAUAGAAUGUUGGAUAUGGGUUUUGAACCACAGAUUAGGAAAAUCAUUGAACAAAUUAGACCUGAUCGUCAAACACUCAUGUGGUCUGCAACAUGGCCUAGAGAAGUUCAGAGUUUGGCAGCUGAAUUUUUAAAGGAUUAUUUACAAAUCAAUGUUGGGUCACUAUCCUUAGCAGCUAAUCAUAAUAUUUUGCAAAUAAUAGAUGUUUGCAUGGAGUAUGAAAAGGAAACUAAGUUAAGUACACUUUUAAAAGAAAUAAUGGCAGAAAAAGAAAAUAAAACCAUAAUUUUUAUUGAGACUAAAAGACGUGUUGAUGAUAUUACCAGAAAAAUGAAAAGAGAUGGAUGGCCAGCAGUAUGUAUUCAUGGAGACAAGUCACAAAAUGAACGUGACUGGGUCCUUCAAGACUUUCGUAGUGGAAAAGCUCCCAUUUUAGUAGCUACUGAUGUCGCUGCAAGAGGCUUAGAUGUUGACGAUGUUAAGUUCGUCAUCAACUUUGAUUAUCCCAGCAACUCUGAAGAUUACGUGCAUCGUAUCGGAAGGACUGGGCGAACAAAUAAAACUGGAACAGCAUAUACAUUCUUUACUCCAUCCAAUGCCGCAAAAGCCGCAGAUUUGGUUUCUGUCUUGAAGGAAGCGAAGCAAGUAGUCAAUCCUAAAUUGCAAGAGCUAGCAGAACGUGGAGGUGGAGGAGGUCGACGACAUAGAGGACGCGGUGGCAGAUAUCGAAGAGGGGGACGUCGCUCUCGCUCACGCUCGCGAUCACGUCGCCGCCGUUCCCGUUCACGAUCUCGAUCACGUGACCGUCGGCGUCGACGUCACAGCUCCUCUAGAUCGUCGCGAAGCAGAUCAUCCAGGUCUUCUAGAAGUCGUUCGCGGUCCCGUUCCCGUUCGCGUAGCCGAUCUCGCUCAGGCAAGUGCAGCCCACAGAAGGAUAAUAAGGAUUCAGGCCUACAACAGGCGCCCCAAGCUCUUCUACCCACACCAAAACCCCUUCUACCCACACCUAUUGGUCCUCAACUUCCUUGUCAAGUUGGCAAAGGCCCUUCCACUCCUCCUACAGAUAAUUGUACCAAUCAAACAGAUAAAGUAGGUAUUUUGCCUAAUAAUAAUAAUUUAACCAAUAAUAUUAAUACAAGUUAUCCCCCACAAACUGGCCAAAUUCCUUCAUUGAUGGCUAUUAAUCCCCAAAUGAGCAUGUGUGCUCCGCCCCCUAUGAGUGGUCCGGGUUUUGCUAUGCCUCAGUUUUUUCCUGAUCAGUAUGGUAUGAUGCUACCUAACUUCUCUACACCACCAAUGCUUCCACCUGGUGCAUGGGCGGCGCCACCUCCUCCUCCACCUCCACCUCCACCCAACGAUUCUUCGACUAACGGGAAUCACGAGCAAAGGGGCCCUGGAUCAAAUGGCCACGAGUCAGAUUCCAGAAAACGCGGAGCUCGUACAGGCGGGCUCGGCAGCUCAGGCGGGCAUUCAUCCAGCCUAGGCGGGCUCGGCUCGAGCGGCGGCGUUCUCAGCUCAGCUGCUAGCUUAGGCUCUGGCGGUGGACUGGGCACAUACAGCGGCUUGGGCUCAGGCCCGUCUGGAAGCAGACUCGGCUCAGGUGGCGGGCUUGGCUCUGGCGGUGGACUAGGCUCGAGCGGCGGGCUAGGCUCAGGCGGUGGGCUCGGCUCGGGCGGUGGACUUGGCUCGGGCGGCGGGCUCGGCUCUGCGGGCGGGCUGUCUGACGCUCCGCCGCCACCCCGCUCGCGAGGUCGUGAUAGGCGACGCCGCGGAAGAGGACGGGAUUACGACGACUCAGAUUUGGGGUCUGGAGGUCUUGGGUCCUCUGGACUUGGACUCGGGUCCUCUGGACUUGGACUCGGGUCCGCCGGACUCGGUGGCCCCGACGGCAGCAGCUUUGGUCAACCUGGCAGUGGCUACAACCCUGGCGGUCUCGGCGUACCUCACGGGAGCCUAUUGCCGCGCAUGCUCCCUCAAAAUGGCGGCGAUGGCGUAGGACCACAGGGUGCGAAUUUUACCGCCUUUGGGUCUUAUGGGCCCAAAAACAAGCAGGAUUUCCAAAAAAAUGAAAACGGCCAGGGUUACAAUGAUACAAGCAAUAAAAUGGAAUAUUAUGGUCCACAAAACAUGGGUCCCGGGCGGCCUUACGCAGACGGUUUAGAUACGGCUGAUUCCAACGGUGCGCUGGCAAAUGGCUCCGUGGGGUACAAUAACGACCGCCAGAGGAAUCGCCGACGAUGA